UUAUAAUUUUUUGGAAUUUUCUGUAAUGAUAAAUAGUACUGGAGCUGAGUCAAAUUUACAGGAUAAUAAAAUUUCUGUGAAAUUACCGAUAUUAAUCGAAUCCGACUUUGAAAUUGAUGGAAAAUCUUCACGGGAUGUAGUAGUAUUUAAAGAUGAAAUGGGUGAAGUAAUUAGAAACUUAGAUCCAAUUAAUUACACAUACAUCGUGCAAAAUUUUGGUCCAAGUCCUAUACAGCAAUCAGUAGUAACAUUCCGUAUUCCACUUUUCUACGAUAAUAUAGAAUUAUUUGAGCUUCGAGAAUUUAAGGCUACUUUACAAAAUCAAGAAAUCAAUUGUACACGAACUAAUAUUGAUUAUAAUGCAGCAAAAAUAACUAAUGAUAUUGUAAAACGAAAUUAUAUGUUUCCAUUGAAUGAAACAUUAUUUUUCAAUUGUUCUGGAAGUGAAGGAAUUAUAUGUACAAGCAUUGUAUGCGAAUUUGGUUUAAUGGAAAAGUAUGAACAAAUAGCAGAUAUUAAAUUUUCCCUACAGUCAAAAGCUCAAAAUAUUGGUAUAAUUUUAGGUGGCAAGCAAAUUUUGGAAAUGGAUAUUUUAACAGUUGUCAGACCUUUGGUAAAAGUACAUUCUGAACGCGGUGGCAUAGUUGUUUUUAACCUGGGAACGACUUUUAUUGAUCAUAUUCAAAGUCAAAACUAUAUUUGGUGGAUUAUUUUGGCUGUUAUCGUUGGGUUAUUAGUUCUGGGUGCAAUUACUGCUGCUUUAAUGAAGUAUGGAUUUUUCCAUCGAUCUCAUCAAGAAUUAUUGCAAGCAAAAUUAAUCAAAGAAGAUUCAAAAGAAUUAGAGAUUGAGGAAUUAGAUAUUGAUUAAUAAAAAUGAAAUUAAUUAAUUAAUUAUAAGACUGUUGUCCUAAUAAAAAUGGAACGAAGC